AUAUAAAGAUAUAUAUAAAUAUGUAAAUGCAAUAAUAUUCACUCUCCGAUAAAUCAGACUAUCACUUAAUAGUGAAUGCAAUCACUAUAGUCGAUUCGACAAUUUAUGGUUGUUAUUUUUCCCCCUUAAAGCCAAUUUUCUAGCCCUUUCGUUUUGAGGGAAGUUCUAAAAGAUAUCUUUAAAAUGCCGUUGGAAAUUUAACCUUUUCAUUUUCAGCCUGCAAAUGGGACAUAGUAGCUUAACCAAACGCAAAAGAAGUAAGAUAAAUAGAAAAUAGGAAAUGUCUUGAUGAAGGCAAACCCUUGAAUUCUCGCCGGACCUCGAUCGCGACAUGUUACUACAAUGUGUGUGUGUGCUUGGUUAUUAAAGUCACCACUCUCGGUAUUCAAACUCUCUUUGCUAUAUGUGUUGAAUACAGUCAUGCACGCAUUCUCAAUGACUAUGCAUAUUAUUUUGAGGUCAAAGUCUGUGUACAUGUAGGGCUCUAUCGUCUAUGACAAUGAAAUUGUGAUAAAUGUGUGUUAGCGGCUUAUUAUGGCAGCUCAGCUACAGCCGGGGUUAUAAUAUGGUACUCUAAAUCAAGCGCAGUAUAUCACGUAUAUUCAUAAUUAUAUAGCGGCGCUGUAUUUGGACCUGUUAUUGUUAUCAUUAUUAAACCACGCGCGUGCUCUAUAGAGGUGAGUGAAGAAUAUCAUCAACAUGGAGAGAUUGGUAUUACUUGUCGGGUUGGUGCACGUUCUGCUCGUGAGCACCAUGGAAGUGAACUGUGCGAAUAUUCUAUUUUCAGGAUUAUUCGGUGAAGGAAGCCAUUUCCUUUCCCAGGUUCCCAUUGCCCGGAGUUUAGCGCAAAAAGGCCACAACAUCACCUUGUUCAUCAGCGAAGAGUUCUCGCACAGGGCAGAAAAUCCAGCGUAUGCGGGCUUUCAUUUUGAGACAUUUUCUAUACCUGGUCAUCCGGGGCUCAUUCGGAGAACGACGGAAAAUACUGCUCGGGUUGCCUUCGGUAAAACUACAAGCGUAAUCCAGAAUUUGGAAUUGCUACCAGACAACCUUUUUAUGACCAAAGAAGCUUGUAGAGCAGUUUUAUCCGAUACUUCAUUGAUGGACAGACUGAAAGAAAUCGAUAUGAUUGUGUUUGACGUAACAUGGCCCUGUGGUAUCUACAUGAAGUCAUAUUUACUGCGGCAUAUGAACGCAUCAAGUAUUCGGGUUGCAGUGACGUCACCUAUGUCACCACUUCAGUACGUGCACGAGAUAGCUGGAUCCCCGUUCAAUCCUUCCUACCAACCGACCUUAGCGGUAGGGUUUUCUGCAUCAAUGUCGUUUGGUCAAAGAUUGGGAAACGCCAUCAACUGGGCAUUAAUUCACUUUCUGGGAAAGCAUUACGUCUUUGAUUGUUUCAGCGACUUCAAGGAGGAAUUCGACCUGGAUUCUGAUUUAGCCAUGUCCAGUUCUUUUUAUUACAAGUAUAUCGAUCUCUAUCUCAUGAACAUAGACUUUGCGGUGGAGUUUCCUUUUCCGCUGAUGCCGAAUAUCAUUGCUGUUGGUGGGCUGACGUCGGGACCAGCGAAACCUCUAAGCGAAGACCUGGAAAAGUUCAUGCAAAGUUCUGGGGAAGAUGGCGUCGUCCUGUUCUCACUCGGAACUUCCGUGUCCACUUUCGCAUCUACAAGAUCGGACUUGAUGGAAAUGUUUUUCGAUGCAUUCAGUCGAAUCCCUCAGAAGGUCAUUAUGCAGCUGAAGGGACCUCAUGAUUACAAGGUUCCGCCGAAUGUCAAGACGUUGCCAUGGAUACCGCAGAAUGACCUUCUGGGUCAUUCCAAGACGAGAGUCUUCAUGUACCAAGGUGGAAAUAAUGGUUUCCAGGAAGCUCUCUACCACGGUGUCCCUCUGGUGGUCAUACCCUUCCAGUCCGACCAACCCGAUGUAGCGGCAAGAGUUGUGUCUCGCGGGCUUGGGGUCAAGCUAAACAAGAAACUGCUUAGUGCUGAUCUGAUCCAUCAAAAACUCUCUGAAGUUAUCCAGAAUUCAUCGUACAGCACCACGGCCAAACGCCUGUCCGCCAUCUUUAGAGAUCGACCAAUGAGACCAGCGGAUCGAGCUGCAUUCUGGAUUGAACACGUACUCAAACAUGGCGGAGAAUACAUGCAAUCUCCGGCUCAUGAACUGUCUUUCAUUCAAUAUCACUUAAUAGACGUUGUACUUUUCAUUAUAGCUAUCAUUGUAGUCAUAUUUUACCUCCUCUAUAGAAUAUGCAAAUGUUGCAAGAGUUGCUGUUUUAAUAAAUCAAAAGUUGCCAAGAGCAAGGUACAUUGAUGUACCUGUCAUCUGUAAUUUAAUUGCAUGGCCAAUGAAUAAAAGGUACAUGCCAUGUUCAUAAUAAUUACAAGCAAAAUUACUGAGCUUUAUUGUAACACCAAAAACUUAAUUUUUUGGAUGGGGUUCGUUUGUUUCUAAUCAAAACUUAUCGAGUAGCAUUCAAGUUCUGUCAAUUUAUUCUAAUAAAUUUCUUAUGUGUAGUUUGGUAAAGAUGUUAUGUAUUUUGAUUGAGAAAACAAAGAUUUAGAAGUCUUAAAUUCAUAUAAUGUCUCACAGUCUGAAGGGAAUCGAGGAAUUCGAUUGACUUUAACAGUCUUCAACUACACUUUGUUUUACUAAUUUUCCAUCAAUCCUCACGCAAAAUUCUAAAUUAGCAGUGUUGAACAUUCAAAACAUUGGCAGGAAAUCUGUUGUAUAUUAUGACCUGCUAUUAAUUUAAAUGAGAAUGUAAUACCCUAUUGUACAUUCCAUAUCAUUAUUUCAUGUUUGGAUUACGUAAGACGUCAUUGUAAUGUUUGCACAUUUCAAAAGGUGGUGGACAAUGCCUUAAACUAGAUUUUUUUUCUCGAAAGUCUGUGUGAUCGUGAUUUUUAAAUAAAUAAUAAUUCGCAGACUUACUUCAUUGGAGCUUCAUAGUUAAUACUGCAGAUUUCUUAUGUAUUUCAUGCGAUGUUAUAAUGUUUCAUCCCUGGGUAUUUGACAUAAUUGUAAAAUGAUGUUAGUAAUUGAAUACAGUCAGUGAUUGGUCAGUGAAAGGUUAUACAACCUGAAAUAUCAAA